AUGGUGGGCUCUUCGCCUGAAUAUUCAAUAACAAAGCCGGGACUGCACCACCACCAGCGCAAGCGGGAGAAGAAGCCGCUUCGCACCUACGGCAGACAAACCUCAACCCCUGAAGCGCAAAACGAACCGCCAUUAAAAAGGCAACGACUAUCUGCGCUCAAGCAGCAAGAGGAGAAGCCGAUCUCGUCAGCUCAUAGCUCAGAUGAUGCCCCCAAGCCCAAUGAUGCAGCGGUAACAGCUGCAUCAGAGGCAAAAACAACACAAGAUGACCCAAAUCAAAGCAAAACGGAAACACGCGCCCAGUCUCCAAAGAAAAGUUCUCUCCUGAGCUACUUUAAACCAGCUCCUCAGAAACCCAAAGACGAUCCACCAUCCCAGUCACAAAAUUCACAAGCCGAAGAGCCAAUCUCUCCCCAGGAGUCACCAAAACGGCAACCAUCGAAACGAAAACCUCGACUCCUCAAAAUCAAAGCCACCACUCACGAUACCCCUGAUCAAUCCUCCCAAGAAUCAGAUUCACACUCAACCCGCGAUUCUCUCCAAAACGGAAAAUCCAACACAACAGAACCAACAUUAUCAAGCUCAACAUCCCCCUCCCCGCCCCCUGGGCAAAAGAAACCCAAACCCUUAUCAAAGACACGCCCUCCCUCCAUCCAGACUACCCUCAACAUCUCCGCGCAGGCUGCCUUCUCCGAGUGCAAGAUCUGCAACACCGUCUGGAACCCGCUGUACCCCGACGAUGUAAAGUUUCAUAAUAAGACGCACAAGGCCGUGCUCAGGGCGCAGAAGCGCAAGGUGGAUGAUUUAUGA